AUGGCGCCUGGGAAAGUUCGUUCGCUGGCUGACCAGCUGGCAGAUUUGGAAGAUCCUACUCCUAAGGACUUUGAUCCCGAGGAUCUUGAGCGUGAUGGUCAAUCUAGCGACGAGGAGGAUGGAAAAACCUUAGAUGUGGAUGCAGGACGAGAGCACUACCAGGCUGUCGGCAAGGGAAAACUUCGAAAGCAAGAGGCUGUUGAAUUGGGAAAACAGUAUGCCGGCACACGCGUUAGCAGAGACGCCCUUGACGACGAUAGCGAUCAUGAUCCAUUUGCGGCACGCUCCGACGAUGAAGAGAUGUCGGAUGGCGACUCGGACGACUCAGGCGCCGUCUCCGCCGAGGACGGAACUGAGGACAGCGCCGAUGACCAGCAAUCUGAUGACGAAUCGCCUCCGACAGACUCCGACUCAGACAUGUUCUCUGAAGAAGAAGAAGAAGAAGAGUUGGAAUUUGAUAGUGCCGAUGAGGAGGAGAGCGAUGACGAAGACGAUGAAGAGAAUGAUAUGGAGAGCGACGAGGAAAGCGACGAGGAAGAUAACGUGCCUGCCAAAAAGCGCAGUAGCAAGAGUGCCAGACCAACAGAGUCUGGACCUGUCUCAGAGGAUCGGGAGGAGCUGCGACGGUUGAUGGCCUCUGAUCAGAAAACUAUUGCAGCGACAAUCUCUCAAGCUGCGAAGGCAGAUGCUUCCAAGGGAAAGGCUGUCAAGGAUCAAAGAAGCACUUUUGAUGCGUUGUUGAACACACGUAUCAAGUUGCAGAAGGGACUUGGCUCGAUAAAUGAUAUUUCUGCCUUGGUUGUGAGUGGAGAGGAAAGUAACGAAUCUGAACAGGGCGAGGCAAAUGAAGAUGCGAUCAAAUCAGCCGAGUCCGCAGCUCUCGCUCUCUGGUCAACCCUGGAAGAGCUCCGCAACGUCCUUGCUGAUGCUCACGCCAAAGAUGGUAGCAAGAAGCGGAAGCGACCUUCGCCCAUCACACCGGGCAUUAAGUCUGACCUACUCUGGGAACGUAUGGCUGAACUGGAGUCUAAGGCGCUGAUUCACCGUCGGGCCAACCUUGACAAAUGGUCUUCCAAAGUCCGAGGAGGUUCGAGCUCCCUCCCCAAUGCCCGAGGCAAGCUGCUUGGCUCUGCCUCUGGCCAGCAAACUAUCACUGCUGUCCUUGAUGCCCAUGUUGCCACUGAGCUUGGUGAUCGCUCCUCCAAACGCGCCCGUCAGUCCAAUGGCGCCGACUCACCCACCGCCGUUGAGCCCGUUUACGAUGAUACGGUCUUUUACCAAUCUCUACUUCGUGAUCUCGUCGAGCAGCGUAUGUCCUCGUCUGAUGCAAUGACUGGUGGUAUGGACACUCUCCACCAGCUGCCAACUCGCCUGCCGAUUCACCCUAUUACUGGUAUGCGUAACGACAAAGUUAAGCGAGACAUCGAUACCCGUGCCUCUAAAGGUCGCAAGAUGCGUUUCACUGUUCACGAGAAGCUUCAGAAUUUCAUGGCUCCAGAGGACCGAGGUGUUUGGACCGGACGGGCUCGGGAGGAAUUCUUUGCGUCCUUACUGGGCCGGUCUGCGAGUGGCCUGCUUGGUGAAGAUGACGACAGUGCUAGUGACGGGGAGAGUGACCGUGAAGAAGGUGGAUUGAAAUUGUUCCGAAGCUAG